AUGUCUGGAGCACCCCAGUCUGCUGAUGUGGCUGAAAUGCACACUCCAUAUUCUUCCUUGAAGAGACUGUUAUCUGUCCUCAACGGCUUCAUUGCUAUAAAAUGUCCUACAUUUGGAAUCAUACACCAGUGGGGCACCUUGCUGUUUGUUCCAGAAGUAGCGUUGGAGCACAACUUCAUGACCCUGAGGAAGGUCAGAGGUUACAGUGAACCAGCUGACUAUCCCACGGACUGGAACUUGGUCAUGGAGGAGCUCAAGUGCUGUGGGGUGAGGAGCUACACAGAUGUUUCUGGAUCCUCCUUUGAAGUGAUGACUGGCCAUACGUACCCCAGGAGCCACUGCAGGUCCAUUGGAACUGUGGCCUGCAGUGGGCACAGGGUGUCCACAGAUGUCAUCUACUCAAGAUUUGAAGUCCGGCUCCCUAAAAUAACUAAGACUCAAGGCUUCAGCCUGAGUGGGGGCUCCCUGGGGGUGGCAAUGAUACAGGUAAGAGGAAUUCUGGCCACCUUGCAGCUGUUCAUCAAGCUGGGCUGACAGACUUGGAGAAGCCAGGUCACCUGGGUCCACCUGGCUGUGGAGAUGUGGCUCAUUUUUAUCUCUGUGUGGCACUGACUGCUUUUGGUAGGGAGAUUGACUUAAAAAAUCAGGAAGCCCCUGUCAUCUUUAUUCCUUUCUCCUUGAUUUUCACACCAGCUGGCAAUGAUUUCAGCUCUAAG